AUGUCGACGGCUGAUUCAGCAAGGCCUCAAUACGGAGAUGGUUCUAUAGAGAACCUCGGUUCGCCACCUGCAUUACGAGUGUGGAGAGAGCGCGCAAGGCGGGAGAACAGGGACGUUGGCUUCGUGCCGACAAUGGGUGCACUGCACCACGGUCAUCUAGAUCUGGGGCUGGCACUUGAUAACUCCGUGGCCAAAAAUUUCGUGCCACUUCCUCAACCGGUCGAGACGAGAUGCCAUCCCUACGAUUUCCCUCGAAACGCCUACCUGACAGACAAAGAGCGACAAGACUGGGCUCCAACAUUAUGGAGGAGUUUACAAGAAGGGAAGAAAGUAUGGAGGGAAACACUAGAGGCGUGUUACUCUCAAGGAGGGUUGUCCAGCGGGAAUAGCGAUAUCCAGUGCACUGGACUAAGGGAGAAAGUCAAGGAAGCAGCCGAACAAGUCAUCAUCGCGGCCUCAGAGUCAGCUAGCAAAGAUGAUACCCCAGUGACGAUUAAACUCGACUAUAUCGAGCUGAACUGGGUCGAUAAUUUGGAACUAGUGGGAAGCUUCAUGAUUGACUCAUCAAGUUCCAAGAACGAGGAUUCAGCCGAUGACAUGCGAAUGCCAGGGGUCCCAGCAAUGAUUUUAAGUGGUGCUGUGGCACGAAUGGCCUCUAUACUCAAACGAAUUAAACGCAAACAAUCUCCAGAAUCUUCCAUCUCGGACUCGCCUCCACCUGCUGAGACUUCUGGGGGAUCCAGUUCUGACUCAAAAUACCAGACGGCCCGGGAUAAUCUGAUCGGGGCGUCCAAAGUGGUCAAGGCGAUUGCGGAAGCGGCAUCAUUUCUGGGACCGUUGAAGUCUACGUGCGAAAUGGCGAUUCUAUUCCUGGAAAAGACGAAGAACCUUAUCAAUCACUCUAAAGUCUCAUAUCGAUACACUCGAGAGUUCAUGGCAAGCGUUACAGGAAAACCAGACGGAGCCACUGGCUACUGGACAACGAGACUUCCUCCAUGCGCUGAACGAUUAUAUCCAAUAGCCCGUCUCGGUCCCGAGAAAGCACGACCAAUGGGGACUCAGCACGAGACAUGCCUCAAAGGAACACGGGAACCGAUUCUUCAAGAGAUUCGACAAUGGGGGAAGGCUCAGACAGUCGAAAAGCAGCUCUUUUGGCUAUGCGAUAUAGGUGGAUCCGGUAAAUCUACUGUUGCGUACACAAUGUCCCAAGAGUGGGACGAGGAGCCGAACAUUUUCCUUGGUCGAUUCUUCUUUUCGAAGAAUGCUCGAGACACGUCUGAUAUAGACACAUUCUGCUCAACUCUCGCAAGGGACCUCGCAUCGAAGCACUCAAUAUUGAGCUCUAUAAUCACCGACGCACUCCAAACAGAUUCUCUCCUGACCGAGCGAGAUUUUACCAAGCAGUUCAAGAAACUGAUAGUAGAGCCUCUGUGCUCGAUUUCACAGGAUAUCAUUUUUGUAAUCGAUGCAGUGGACGAGUGCAAGCCCGAAUCACGAAAGCGAAUGCUGCGAGUAUUGCUGCAGGAGCUCGUAUCCCUCCCAAAUCUCAAGGUUCUUCUCACUAGUCGGCCCGAAUCGGACAUUAUGGAUCUACUUCGUGAUAAAGCGAUUGUUCGCAAUAUGCAUUUCGAGAUGCAAGGCUCGAACAACCAGUCGAACAUGGCGGACAUUACUUCAUACGUUGAUCACCACCUCACCAAGUUGCUGACUAGUCGAUACAGGCAACAAUUAGUAGCGCAAUCGAACGGGCUGUUCAUUUGGGUAUCAACAGCAAGGAUCGAGUUAGAGUUGGCAGCAGCGUAUAACUCGACACAGUUCAAAUCCACGUUGGCAUCUCUCCUAGCGAGAGGAAACGGAGGUGAUCUCGACACACUAUAUCUCGGAAUACUUAACAGGGUACUUAGAGGGGAUUCAAAGGACCUGAUACUUCGUGUGCUUGCGACUUUGGCCAUCUUAUAUGAGCCGGUAUCUAUCACGUGUCUGGGGAGAUUAAUCAAUGCUCAUGAUGAAGAACUUGAACUAGAAGUAAAGUCGAUGAGAAGCGUAUUUCGUGUAGACAAUACUAUCGAGUUUCUUCACCCUACGUUUCGGGAGUAUCUAACUAGUAUUCAAGGGAAAGGGACGAUCCCAGAUGCAUAUGCAUCCCAUACGGUUCUCGCCCUUGGUACUCUCGGAGCGCUACAGCGGGACUUGAAGAGGGAUGUGUGUAAUAUCGAUGUCCCUGGAGUCCCUUUCCCGGAUAACGCGAAAGUAGUAGAUCUGGAUGACCGAUUAUCGGCUCUUUCGCAAUCUUCGCCGAGUCUGCUUUAUAGCUCUCAGUACUGGGCAUUACAUGCAUCUCAAGCGGUACAAAAUGCUUCUGUGGCCGAGAGUCUGGGUGUUUUCUUGAAGACAAAGGUGCUCAAUCUGAUAGAAAUAUUGAGCUUGAUGGGUCAUUUACUCCGACUUCAAGACGUGUUGGAACUGCAAAGAAAACUUGAAGUGCAUUGGCCUGAAAACGAGGCGAUCGAGCUUUGCGAAGAGACUUGGAGAUUCGUACAAAGCCGCCAAUUAAUGCUCGAGAGGAGUGCAUUACACGUGUAUUCAUCGGGUUUACUAUUCCUCCCUGCACAUACAAAAUUGGGCGAUAUAUACAAAAAACCAUUUGAAUCAGAUCUACCACAGAUUAUAUGCGGGUUGGACGCCCAUUGGUCACAAUACCGAACACUGGCCGGGCACAGUGAUCUCGUUACGUGUUUUUCCAUAUCUCCAGAUGGAACUCGAGUCGUGUCUGGAUCUUAUGACGGCACAGUUCGAAUGUGGGAUGUAACUACCGGUGCAAGCCUGGGAAUUGUCAUGGAUGGUGACAGCGAUAUUAUUCACCUGGCGUACUCAUCAGAUGGUUCCCAUAUCAUCAUUGGCACUCGGUCAGGUUAUUUAGCAAAAUGGUAUGGGUUCACAAGUGAAACAAUUCAUAUCCAAUUACAAUGUAAUCUUGGGCGUGACGGUAUCUUGGAACUAUUCUUUUCGCCUGAUGAAACUCGAGUGGUCUAUUGUGACCCUAUAAAUGGACUGGGGUUGUGUGAUGUGAUGACAGGUGAAAUUAUUUCCCCAUUAAUCGAAGGAUAUCUUGGCUAUGAUGGGACUUUGGCCUCUUCACCUGACCAAACUCGAGUUGCCUGUAUCUUCGAAGGGUCAUUAUAUCUAUGGGAUGUCAAUACAGGCAAACAAAUCGCAUUUACCUCUCUCAUUGAUCAGAGAGCUACAUGCCUAGCUUUCUCACCAGAUAGCAGCCAGAUCACGCUGGGAUAUAGGAGUGGAACACUAGAACUAUGGAAUGCAGCCGCAAACUUGAGUUGCAUAGCCACUUGGGAAAGCCAGGCCGGUGUGAUAACGGCCCUGGCUUUCUCACCUGAUGGUACUCGAAUUAUUUUCGGCCAUGAACGUGGGGCAAUGGAGCUGCGGGAUUUGAUCACAGGUUCAAAGAUCAGCACCAUGUCAUGGGAACACACUGACCUCAGGAAUUUGAGAUUCUCGUCAGAUGGAAAUCGGAUUGUUUCUGUCUGUGGUGAUCACACAUUAUGGCUGUGGGAUGGGUUGACAGGUGCGAGUAUCGGACCACCUCUGAAAGGCCACACAAGUUUUAUCAGUUGUGUGUCAUUUUCCCCUGACAACACUCGAAUCAUUUCUGGAUCAUAUGACUACACAUUGCGAAUAUGGAAUGUGGCGACGAGUGGAAGGGAUGAGGCGAUGCAGGAGUGCCACGGAGAUGAGGUCACUUGUAUUGCAUUCUCACCCGAUGGCAGUCGCGUCAUUUCCGGUUCCGACGACUGGACAUUACAACUAUGGAAUGCAGAAACAGGCGCCGGCAUUGGCUCUGCGUGGGAUGAACACAUUGAUCCAAUUGUAUGUGUGGCCUUUUCGCCGGAUGGGACCCACGUCAUCUCUGCAGAACGGAGGGGUUCAUUGCGACUUUGGGAUGUGGCGAGUGGUGUCUGCAUCGGAGAGUUGGCAGCAAAUCUAUCGCAUGUUCGUCACAUUGCAUUUUCACCCGACGGCUCCAAAUUCGUUUCCUAUAAUGACGACAAUCCCUCACCAUCCUUGCAACUAUGGGACCUCACCUGCAAUCCCAUUGGAGCAGACAUCGAAUGCAGUUCCCUCCGUGAUCACAACAUCACAUUCUUUGAAGAUGGAAGACCAUUUUCAUUAUCAACAGGUGACACCUUCAGAAUCUCUGACCAAGGGAUUGAGAGGCUGGGAUCAUCACCUCAAACGGGCCACACAAUUGGUGGUGAAAACUUGGGCAGCUCAUCAAGCCAAAAUUGCGCUUGGAGCUGCGCACCAAACAGGACUUCAACCUACAAAGCUGCUGUCACUCUGCCAAAUGGUUCCUUCUCACUCGCUCUCAUGCACUCGACAUCACCUAACAAAGCAUCGGAUCACCGGAUGGGAGUGUUGUUUCAACGAGGAAUAAGAAUGGAUGGUUAUGCAUCUAUCAGACAGACCUCCAAAACAAGUGGGAUGACACAUCAAGUGAGGAAGGCCGAGAGGAAGCUCUACGUCAGUGCGGUCAUAAAAAUCUCAAAUCAGUCCUUGAUACUGGAUAUCCUGUGGCUUUUGAGUGCGGUAGAGGUAUUCGACCUGGCUUCACCAAGACAGAAGACUUACCUAUUAGUGAUUCAAAGUAAGAAGGGUAAAGGUGAACCGAGAGGUUGGGCUCCUCAUCUUUUACGCUUACAACGAAGUAAGCUUACCCUCUCCAAUAGGCGUAAUGUCAUCUUUUUCGCUCUUUUCAGGCGACUCGAAGCUGCUCGCAUCAGAAACAUUCAAAUCACUCGUAGCAUUAUUCUCCAAAGGUACGGGUUGGCCAAGUACCCACCUUUGUCCGAGCCAGCUGAACAUCUUAUGACCAGCGGCGAUAAUGGUGAUGCCAAUGAAGUAGCGGAUGUCUCCAGCUCCGGCACCGCAGCCAAACCUGCACACAAACAUAUGACGGCAAUCAUGAAUGCUACAACGUUGAGAAUGGUAUACCCGAGAAAUAAGAAAAUGGAUGGUCCUUGGAGAGGACGCAAGAAGCGUGACUCGUCUUGCACAAGUUCGACCAUCCCUAGUACCAUUGACGAGGCCAUUCGGCAGGAGGUAGACAAUGGCGCCUGUAGUAGUGGAAGUGGACGAGCUAUCUCUACACUCUCAAGUUCACCUUCAAGUCUUGUGGGAUACUAUAGCAAAAGAAAUGACAAGUGGAUUACUGCUUUGCCAACUAUCGUGGAAGAGGACAAUAUUCUCCCAAUGACAGAGAUUCUUGGGUUGAAGAGACAGAAUGAGAAGAUAGAUAUUGUCUGA